AUGUCUUCAAUCACAAGACCUGUUGCACCUGUGGUUACACAAGCUGAUGACACGGAUAACUCGGAAGACAGUUCAGAAGAUAACUCGGAAGAUGAUGGCGAUGAAGAGUGGAAAAAAGUGCAGUUUCCACACAUUCCGCCUACUGAGAAAUUUGAUGACAUUUUACUGCGACCAUCACAGUUUUUUCCUAAUCGAAGUUCUCCUUGGACAUAUUUCAAUAUUUCUUUCAAUGAUGAAGUCCUAUUGAACAUAGUUGAUCAGACAAAUUUAUACGCAGCCCAAAACCGACAGAAAGAUGGGGAUAUUGUAACAUUGAGGAACUAA